AUGAUUGAAAGGUGGAAAGUCUUCGUGGCGGACAUUGGUGAGAAAGGUCAGACACCUACAGUCAGCCAUAUAAGUGAAUACGUGAGAAAGAGAGUAAAGGCAGAGUUUGACCCUGAUUUCAGCGACCUACAAAGAGAUUCGAUACCCCCAAGAAAUGAUCAUCCUCCCCCGAGAAAAGGUUUAUAUGCUGCCAGUCGUGAUUCAAACAGAUCGCCAAUGAAAUGUUACGUAUGCGAAGAAGAGCACCGUGUCAUUGAAUGCCCAGUAUUAGCGAAAGCCUCAGUUCCUGAAAGACUAGAACUAGCAAAGAAAGCAAGACUGUGUUUCUCGUGUUUGAAUUGUGGACACUCCAAGAAUGAUUGUCGGUCGAAGAAGAAAUGUGAAAAGAGCGAUUCGUGUCCUUACUUUCAUCAUCCUCAUUCCAGUCCACCACCAGUUGCCUCAAUUUUACAUAAAGCCAGCAUGAUGCCCGUAAUCAGAGCCAGAUUCAGAGCCCACAACGGUCGAGUUCGUGAAGGGAACGUGUUGAUUGACAGUGGCGCUGGAACGACAGUUAUUCGGAAGCAUUUUGCGAAAGAUCUCGGAUUGAAUGGGAAAAGAGAACGGAUCGAUUUAGCGGUAGUCGUAGGAGAGAAAUUAGAGCAACCACACAGCCGAAGGGUGAACUUUUGGAUCUCUGCACUCAAAGGCUUUCAAGAGUUCAAGGCCCACGAGCAGGCGGUGAUCGCAUUACGACCGCAAUGCAUCAUGAGUAAAAUAAAAAAUUCACUCAUUAGCGUUCUGACGUUCGAG